GAAUUGUUUGUGACAUCCGGUGCUUUACCCGCUGGUGCUUUUAGCUUUACCCUCCGCCAAAGCUAAAAAUCCUUUGGAAUGCAUGAGAUUCCAGGCGUGCCGGUCGUCAUAAAACCCCGGCAAACCUUCUCCCUCCGCUAAUCUCUCGUCUUCUCCCCUUCCCUCCCUUCUCCGCUUCUCCGCUUCUCCACCUGCAUUUUCCUCUGUUUUCCUCUGUUUUCGAAACCCUAAACCUUUUCAUCUCAAUCAUUUCCAGCUUCACGCGGCUUGCUUUCAAACCCCCUUUUCCCGCUCUUCUUCUACUCACUAUUUGCUCUUUUCCCCUUUUUUGCUUUCCCCAUUUCUUCCUCUUUUUGCUCUGUUCUUACAGUCGGAAGGAACAGAGCAGCAGAGCCAUGGCUAAGCUUUUGCUUCUUGGGUUUCUCUUAUCAAUGGCUUUUACCAAAUGGGUUCAUGCCUUUUACCCAUUUAAUCUCUCUGAUUCAUCGCUCUUUGAUUCUUAUGAAGCUUCCUUUGCUGUCACCGCUACUCCUCUCAUGGUGCCUCUCACUCUCAUUCAUGGAGCUGAUGCAAAACGAGCAGUCUGUUUGGAUGGCACAUUGCCUGGAUAUCACUUGCACCGUGGAUAUGGGUCGGGAGCUAAUAGCUGGCUUGUGCAAUUGGAGGGGGGUGGAUGGUGUAAUAAUAGAAGGAAUUGUGUCUACCGGAAGAAUACGAGGCGUGGAUCGUCGAGAUUUAUGGAGAAGCAAAUACCAUUUACAGGAAUUCUGAGCAACAAAGCUGAAGAAAAUCCUGAUUUUUUUAACUGGAACAGAGUAAAGGUUCGUUACUGUGAUGGCGCCUCGUUCACUGGGGAUUCUGAGAACAAGGCUGAACAGUUGCAAUUUAGAGGACAGCGGAUUUGGUUGGCUGCAAUGGAAGAAUUGAGGGCCAAGGGAAUGCGAUUUGCGAAACAGGCCUUGCUUUCUGGCUGCUCGGCGGGAGGUUUGGCAUCGAUUCUACACUGUGAUGAGUUUCGAGGCUUGUUUCCUAGUAAUACUAAAGUGAAGUGUCUGAGUGAUGCUGGACUAUUCCUUGACGUGGCUGAUAUAUCUGGUGGGCAUUCUAUUAGGAACUUAUUUGGUGGUGUGGUGAGCUAUCAGGGAGCUAAAAGGAAUCUGCCAUCCUUUUGUACAAACCAUCUCGAUCCAACUUCGUGUUUCUUCCCACAAAACAUAAUCGCUGGAAUCAAAACGCCACUGUUUCUUGUCAACGCAGCAUACGAUUCCUGGCAGAUACAAUCUAGUCUUGCCCCACCUUCCCUCGACCCGGCCGGGUAUUGGCACGAUUGUAGGCUGAAUCAUGCAAAAUGUAACCAACCUCAGAUUCAAUUUCUUCAAGGAUUCAGGAACCAAAUGUUGAAUGUUGUAAGGGAUUUCUCAAAAUCUUACAAAAAUGGAUUGUUCAUUAAUUCAUGUUUUGCUCACUGCCAAACCGAGCGACAGGAUACGUGGUUCAGCGACAAUUCCCCUGUCAUCGGAAACAAGCCAAUUGCUCUGGCUGUUGGAGACUGGUACUUCGACCGAGCAACUGUGAAAGCGGUCGAUUGCGCGUAUCCUUGUGACAGGAGUUGCCACCAUCUGGUUUUUAGAAGCGGGUAGCCCCAAGGGUUGGCUUCUUCACAUCUGCAUAUCAUAUUUUUUUCCCCUCUCGACAUCGUUGUCGAAGGAAAAGUCGUAUUGCGAUUUGAUUAAGAAGUGAAUAAAGAAGAGAAAGGAGACGAAGAUAGAUUUGCAGUCCUCCUGCAAGCUUUGUUUGUUUGUUUGUUUGAAGA